CCAGCUGUUGCUGUUCUAGCACCUGAUUUUAUCAUUUUUGUACAGUUUAUAAUACUUUUACAAUCUACGCUAUCGUCAUACGACAUUUUUUUCUCUAAUACAGGCACCCACAGCGAAAGCUCGCUGUAUCUUUCAGAGUUUGCUGUUUCUAGUCGAAGUCCUUUUCCUGACCGAGCCGAAAAGUGGGUUUUUCGCCAGGUUGCGUGGGGAAAGUGA